CUUAUACUCUGUCAUUUUCUCUCCCCUAGUGAUCGCUGCAAGUUUGGAAAUGGGUAGCUCAAAGUGUUGUGAAAAGGAAGGGUUCAAGAGAGGAACCUGGACAGCUGAAGAAGACCAAAAGCUCACUGCUUACAUUCAACUACAUGGCCAUGGCAGCUGGAGUACCUUGCCUGAGAAAGCAGGGCUAAAGAGAUGCGGCAAGAGCUGCAGACUGAGGUGGAUCAACUACCUAAGACCUGAUAUCAAGAGAGGAAAGUUCAGCUUACAGGAAGAGCAGACCAUCAUUCAACUCCAUGCUUUUCUUGGGAACAGAUGGUCAGCUAUAGCUGCUCACUUGCCAAAGAGAACUGAUAAUGAGAUCAAGAACCAUUGGAACACUCAUCUAAAGAAAAGGCUAAUCAAAAUGGGCAUCGAUCCCAUGACCCACAAGCCCCGAAUCGAUGCCCUUGGCUUCCCGACCGGUCACGGCGGCAUCGACUCCAAUUUAAGCCACAUGGCUCAGUGGGAAAGGGCUCGCCUCGAAGCGGAAGCCAGGUCCGCCCGCAUAUCGACCAAUAAACCAGCAGUACCAAAUCAUGUCCAACCAAAAACAUCCCAGCUCGGGUGUCUAAUACCGAGGCCCAAGUGCCUUGACGUGCUCAAAGCAUGGCAAGGUUUGGUCACCGGCAUGCUUAGCUUCCCUGACCGUGACGAUCUCGAGUCCCCGGGGUCAAUAUCGAACUUUUCCGAUGGCCGGUUUCAAGUUCCAACCGCUGGAAUAAAUCAAAAAGCAGCAGGCGAAGGUACUCUGAUACCUUGCAUUGCAACGAAUUCAUAUACGUACAACGAAUUGGAUGACGUAGGUAAUUGGAAACGUUGUGAAAAGUUUAACCAAAUGCAAGAAUUCGAAGAAGCAUUGGAAGGGAGGAUGUGCUCAACAGAAGAUGCAGGGUUCAUGGACAGUAUUUAUGUGGAAGGAAAUGAUUAUGAGGUGAUUGCAAAUAUCAUGGGGGACUCACCAGGUACCUUGGUGGGUGUACCAGUUUCAUAUUCAUCAAUGGAGCUAGAGAUAUCGAAUGAAAGUUGCAGCAUUGGCUGCAUGGUGGAUAAUGGGAGCUACUGGGAUCCCACACUCAAGUUCAUGAAUGCUUCCUCUUCUGAUUCUCCCCUCUUCUAAUUUCUGAUAUUGAGAACCAAAAUGCAGUGUUUUAACGAAUGAUAUAGUGCUUAGAGGUCAAUGUAUUUGUAGAUUCUUUAUCCAAAUGUUUGGUGAUAUAACCGAUAUUCGAGCAAAUAAGUUACU